ACCUCCGAAUGGUUUGAAUACGAUCAUCCUGGGUCGAUAAGUGCUACGCCAAUCGAUUAGUUCCAUGACCGGUUCAGUUGGGUCCCAGUGAGGACCCUAGCGCAGCUAAGAGAGCUUAGCGACUGCAAUUGACGCAUAUGAAGCAUUCUCGUCACCGUGCCGUUCCCCCUCAUAAACGUCCAGACCAUCAGCCCACGCCCUUUCUGCCCCUGAGCACCACCAUUUCUCCCUCACUUCUCUUCGUUGCCUGUGUCUCUGCUCGUGUUGCUCGACAGAAUGCAGGCAAACACCCCUCUGUCUGGCGUCUUUCUGCCACGCCACCUCCGUCGAGUGGCCCCUGUUUUCUUCUCUGCCUUCGUGCUGGUCUUCUACCUUUCCCUCACCGGGACCUUUGGCGAGGUCAAUGGCAGCCUCUCCGGCCCCACCGCGCGGUAUAAGCAGUUUCCCCGGAAGAUCUGGCAAUCGUGGAAGGUCAAUCCUCUGGCUUUCGAGCCGCGAGAUCUCCUUGUUGCUCGAAGCUGGCCGGAGAAGAAUCCCCGCCAUCGGUACGAGGUGCUGACCGAUGAGAAUGACCUCUACUAUGUCGAGACCCAUUAUGGGCCGGAGGGGCUGAACCGACCGGAUAUUGUCGAGGUGUACCGCUCGCUGAACGCGCGCAUCAUCAAGGCCGACCUCCUGCGAUACUUGAUCAUGUAUGUUGAUGGGGGAGUCUGGGCGGACAUUGACGUUGAAGCCCUCCGCCCGCUGGACCGAUUUAUUCCCGAGCGAUUUACUGAGGAUGAGAUGGAUCUGGUGAUCGGAGUCGAGAUCGACGAGCCCGAGUUCAAUGACCAUGCGAUCUUGGGCCAGAAAUCGCAGUCCUUCUGUCAGUGGACUUUCAUGAGCAAGCCCCGCCACCCGGUAAUGAUGCGGCUGGUGGACAACAUUCUGGCUUGGUUACAUGAACUGUCGGUUCAGCAAGGCAGGCCCAUCGGCGAGCUGGAGCUGGACUUUGACGACGUGAUCAGCGGCACGGGGCCCUCUGCCUUCACCUCCGCCGUGCUGGCAGAGAUGAGCAUCCGACUAGGGCACGAAGCCUUCGCCGCCGGCCAGGGCCAUUCCGACUCGGGCAACCACAACGCCCGAACGGCUCUCGUCAAGCAUCAUUACCAUGCCUCCAACUGGCCCUCAAACCACCCGCGCUUCAGUCAUCCGGUGUACGGGGAGGUGGAGAAGUGCAACUGGAAUAAGGAGUGUGUGCGCGCAUGGGACGAGAACACCGCUGCCUUUGCCGCCCUUCCGCUCGACGAGCAGGAGCGUCAGAUUGCCCUCAAGCAGGCCAACGAUGCGGCGGAGGCAGAAUUACAACUGAACCUCGGGAUGGACCUGGGGUUGGAUCUGGGAUUGAAUCUCGGCCAAUAACAUCAUGCGAAAAAGGCUUGAAAUGACUUGCGGUGGCGUCUUGGCAUGUUGGCGUUUGUUUAUAAUGGUGCGCUGCACAGUAGCUGAUGUAGCUUGAUGGAAUCACCUUCUUAAUCUCCCAAAGCAUGAAAUUCCUGCAUCUGACUCCGAGGUCACGAUACAUUAUGAUCGUUGGUGAGUUAUGCGGUGCACCACGAAUGUCGUUCGGAUGGGUGGAGAUAUGUAGUUGCUGGCCAGUGGACCAUGGCCAAUCCAAUGUGGAAAGACACAACGAACAGAAUCACAGAGAGGGCAAGUACAGCUGGA